CAUUUCGAGUAAACUGCCUAUGGGUAAUGUAUGCAAUAAAGUUGGCGAAAACCAAGCGAUAUACCUGUACCUUUAAUUAUCCUCCUAAAAGUAAAGUUGACAGUCAGUUUUCUUUGUCGCUAAUGUGGGCAAUUAUCAAUAUUAACAGCAUAACCUUAACAAAAAAAAUGUUACGAGAUUGUUAGUCAAUGGAAUAGAAUGUGAUACCCUUUCAACUUUGCUGUUACUUUUAUGUCAAAUUACAAACUAAAUGUUUCAGUUAUUUAGUCAUGUUCGGUUUAGUUUUUUUGGUACUCCUCGCAUUUGGAAGGGAGUCAUAUUCACAAGUUAUCUUAAACCACCCGGCGUUCCCAAACACUAGUGAAUGUGGCAUAAAUCCUACAAUAAAUAGAAUUUUUGGUGGUCAAGUGGCAGAGCUCGAUGAGUACCCUUGGAUGGCCGCUAUAGAAUACCAAGAUAAAUAUGAUGGUAAUCUAAAAAUCAAAUGUGGCGGAUCUUUGGUAACCAAGAGGCAUAUUGUAACUGCGGCACACUGUAUUAAUAGUCCACACAGACUGACCCGUGCGUGGAUAGGGGACUGGAAGCUUUCUAGCGAUCCCGACUGUCGAAAUGUACAAGGGGAGGUUGUAUGCAACGAAAAGGUGCAAAAGAUAAGAAUCGCACGCGGUGUUUACCACCCUAGCUUCGACGAAGAAUCAAUCAAAAACGAUGUUGGUGUGAUUUUUUUGGAAACGGAUGUAAAAUAUAACAGUUACGCAAAGCCGAUAUGUUUGCCAUCACAUACUCUACUAAACCCUCCUAGAGGUACAACAUUGUUUUCUGCUGGCUGGGGCCUCACGGAAAACGGAACAGCAUCAGAUGUUAAGUUAAAGGUGGAUCUACCAAUAAAGCGAAACAGUGAAUGCAAUUCUGCUUUAUUCGAAAAUUUGGUGUACAACCAGUUGUGUGUCGGGGGUGAAGAUGGUAAAGAUACUUGUGGGGGGGAUUCUGGUGGACCUCUAAUGAACUUCUAUGUCAACAUAUCUACCGGUGAACAAAAUUGGUAUUUAAUUGGCGUCGUUUCCUAUGGAUACGAUUGCGGGGUGCAAGGAUUCCCCGCUAUAUAUACAAGAGUCGCCAGUUAUGUACCUUGGAUUGUAACAACUAUUACAAAGCGCUAACUUAUGGUUUGACUGGAGAGUUUCAGUAUGUAGUACAGUUUGAUUAAAACAAUAAAGCAAAAUUCAUUAUAAA